UCUUAGAGACGCCACUUGUUGCAAGGCAUUCGGCAGGAUGAAGAUCACCGCUGUUGUACUGGUUGUUGUAGUCGGUGCUGUUGUAGUCAACGCUGGGGUUGCCCCAAACCAACGGGUACAACAACAUGCUCUCACUGGUAGACCUCGAGGGGAUCAAGGAGAACUCACCCAUCAAAACACCCUUCCAAGCUCCGGCAAGGGAGGCGCCAGUAAUGUGGGCAAGAGUACAUCUGGCUUGCAUAGAGCGAACAACGGUGGCUACGGGAACUUCAUCAGCCAGCCCGUGACCUUUGACCGGUUAGACGAUGGCUACCCAGACAGGGAACAACUUACUGAAAUCGCCAACUUCGGGAUUGGAUUCGCCGUAGCACAAAGACAAACCAAAUUUAGCCCCGUCCGUUAUGACCACGGAGGAAGCAGCCAUGGCAGUUUUGGCAAUAGCAACGAUGGUUUAAUACAUGGUUCGCAUGGCAACGGUGGUUUAACCAAUGGUGUCCAUAGCAACAAUGGUCCAGUAAAUGGCGUCCAUAGCAACAACGGUGUCCAUGGCAACGGUGGUUUGGUUAAUGGCAACAUCGGCGAUCACGUCCAUGGCGGAAGUACGUUCGGAGGCAACACACGUGGGUAUUCUCAAACAGACAGUGGCUUGAAUAGAAUUGGCGCUAGCAUUGACAAAGAGUUCAACUCCUUUGGGGCUAGUGAUCGGGAGUUCCACCGAGCGGUCAACCCUUCUUUACCGACGACUGGUCACGUCAUCAACACUGACAACAUCCACGUCGGCGUCCCCAUCGCGAGCAGACCCGUCCACAGCAGACUGAAGGGUUAUGGUGACAUCAACGCGGCGAUCUCAACGUACAGACUCGGUGUCAGGAACAUUGACCUCGGAGCUAAUACAGCCCUUGAUGGUGAAAACAUCAGACCUUAUGGUCAAAACAACAACUUUGGUGUGACAGGUGCUGUUGGCCAAGAUAAACAGGGUACAGAACGCAGUCACGGAGGCAAUGACGUCUUUGGCAACUCGGGACAAACCUAUGCUGCAGCGGACGUUCAAGGACUUGCUUUCCACACUGGUGGUCUUCGAUUUCCUGGCGCACCACAAGCAGGACCUGACAGCUUUAAAAACGACCAGUUCUUCAGCGGGACGGCUAAUCAUGUCAAUUCGGGAAAUGUUUAUACGCAAGGUAAUCUUGGUAACCAUGGUAACCCUGAGCAUGUUCCAAAAGCUAAAGGACGUGAAGGCAAUCUUGGAAAUGGCCGUGCAUAAGUGGACUUCAAGAGAGACUUGACCCAUUUUUGAUGCCAAUUUUCGGUCUAGCGUCAAACUUCGACAUGUUUCUCUGUAUUAUAAUAAAAGUUUAGUCUACAGAGAAACAAACAGGGUUCUAUUUGAAUCAAAAGGACCGGGCCUAGUCCCCACGACACACCCGGUCUCAUUCAGCUGUCAAUGCCGAGACUUUGGGGAGGACCUAGGCUGGCGGUUAUUCUGACCUUAUUCUGAUGGUUGUGGAUGCCAACAUUUAUGGAUAGCCAAAUGUACUUGUAUUCCGUAAAUAUCACUACGAUGACAUGUUCUGUCGAGUUACCUAUUAAAUGAUCAGACUUAA